CCUUGCCGCCUCAGGAGCGGCGGGGAGCGGCUGUGGGGCCGCGCGGGGUGUGUGCGCCUGGCUGUGAGCGUGUGUGUGUGUGUGUGUGUGUGUGCAGCGGGCAGCCAUGCGGCGCUGGGGGCUCCUUCUCUUGCCGGCGCUCCUCGCCGGCCUGGGCUCCGUCACAGGCCAAGAUGACUUCUCUUUAGAUGAAGCACUUUUGGAAGAAAAUACAAAGAAGCCUCCUGUAACUCAGAAGACACCAUCAUCAGGUGCAGAUGAUUUUGAUUUGUCCGAGGCGCUUGAUUUUGGUGAUCCCAUGCCACAUCCUUCUGCAAAUCCUAGAGACACUGAUAACCCCAAGCAAGAUCAACCUAAAGGCUCUGACAAAUUUGAUGAUUCAGAUCUAUGGGAUGGCAGUUCCCCAAGAGGAGGAAGUGAUGGCAGUGGCAGCAAUGAACGGAAGGGUCCAACUCCAAAAACUGGCCAAGAUGAGGAGGCUUCUCAGGGAGCAAUAGCUGGAAUUAUAAGUGCUGUAGGUGCUACAGUAGUUGCAUCGGUAGCUAGUUUCAUUGCUUACCAGAAGAAGAAACUCUGUUUCAAGCAAAGCGCAGAUGAAGAGAAUGUGAAUAUGGAUAGCCACAGAGGAGCACAAUCUGAGCCACCUGUUCAGCGCACACUUCUGGAGAACUAAAAGAAAGAGUGGUGAAGAACAGAUCUUUGGAACUGGAUAAGCAACCUGCAUUCUGCCAAUUAAAAAAAAAAAAAGAAACAAAAAAAGCAUAAUAAACAGCAGAGCCUGAAGUUUCAUGAGAAAACAGCUCUUGUUUGAAACACCUCUGAGACUGUGACUUAGACCUGAGUACUUCUGUAUGGUUAGCCCUGUGAAGCAUUGUUGCACACCAACACAUGGCCUUAAUGACAGGAGUGUAGAUGUAUGUUGUGCCUUUACAUUCUUUCCUUGACUCCUCUGACAUAUAGGUGUGUCUCAAGUGCAUUAAGUGUGUUUAACUUUUCCUUACCUCUCCAAAACCAAUAUGCAGUUAUGGUUUUUGUUAUGUUAAUGCUCUCAGGCAAUAUAAACAUUUUUGAAAAUAACCUGGACUCAGUGAGUGGACCAACCAACCAACUAACUUGGUGUAUGUUGUGGGCACCUGAAAGCAAAUGGCUCACUGUGUAUGGAUGGUGGAUCUGGGUAUGGGUGCUGCUGAUCCAAUCUAUGUAGCUGCCUGGGCCAGCUGCCAUGGAAGAGAUGCUUGUGCUUGAGCAUUCAGGAGACAAAAAUUUUGGUUUGUUUUUAGUUUUUUUUCAUUUUAUCUGUCUGGUACAGAUUGAGAAAACCCAAAAUUAAUGCACGCCUUAAGUCUUCAUCCUUUCUGGUUCUUCCUGCUUAGCAAGUACUGAGCUGGUCAGUUGUGGAAAAGCCUGUUUUGCAGAUCAGAAACAUAAUUUGACUUAGCAUUUCUGGUGACAUGGAUGUUUGGCAUCACCUAAACAGUUGUGGAUGAAAUACCUGGGAGUGGGGAUUAACAUCUUAAGACUUCUAUAGCCAAAAGCUUAAGUGAAAAUAGUGUUGAAUUCAGAAGGUUUAUCAUACAUGUGUAAGGGACAGAAACAGUACCACAUUUCCAGACUGCGAACAGCAAGACUGACCAGAACAAGGCAUCCACUGAACAGUAGAAAUAGCAAACAUGUGAGAAGUGCUUUUGGACUUGUGAAGGAUUCCCCCUAGGGUGAUCACCUCUGGUUGCAUCCUCCUCUGAAAGCACUUGUGACCUGUGCUGUGACUUGAAAUCUACAGGAAGGUUUCAAGGACCCAUGGAAACAUGGAAAACUACAACUCAUAAGAGCUAAAGGACUAAAUCUGGAAUAACAGCUAGUUCUGUCAGGAAGGAAUGGUCUGACCAGUUUUGUUUGUCUUCAUUCUAGUUGCUUUAAAUUUCCAUGCAGUUUACCAUAUGUGUCUUAUUAAUGGGCUUCAGCCACCUGACAAAGUUCUACAGGAAGAUGACAUUUCAUGGAACAUCUUAGAAUUUAGAAAUGAAUAAAUUUGGAUAUUAAGGCUGUAAAUAUGUCUGUACAUUGAAAUAUGAAUUUAUGCCAAGGAUAAUUCAUUUAAGAAUUUCUUGUACAUGUUUCUUAGCUUGCAACAAAGCUUUACACAAAUUCUAGUAUUUUCUUAUGGAAUUAAUUUGUAAGUCUCUUUUUGCCCCAUGUCUGCUUUUAGUAUAAAAGCGCUAAAGCCUUUAAGUGUGUUUGAGAGUGCAAAAGUGAUUCUUACAUAAACAUUUGAUUUAUGUAAAUACAAAGGAAAAAAAUGUACUGCUUGUCUUCAUGAAUAAACAGAUCUAUCUAUGCCAAGUGUAGAGUAAAUAAAAAUAACUCAUUUUUUGUUAGGAAUAAAAUGGCAGGAGGAGCUCAGACUAGCUUUUAAGACUCUUGAAUCCUUUUUCAGCUUUUGUGAGCCUGAAAAUUACUUACUAAGACCUAUCAGCAUUAUGAUUUGUCUAAAAAUAAAUUU